AUGCCUUCCUCGGCCCUUCUAUCUCGCGGUACCGCCGACUUCGACUUAUAUCCGUACACUCCAUCUGCCACCGCAGGAUGGGUGUUCGUCGCCCUCUUUGGACUUGCGGCAGUGGUACACGUCGUUCUUUUGAUAAGAUUGCGAGCAUGGUUUUUUAUUCCGUUUGUUCUUGGUUGUAUUGGCGAGUUGUUUGGCUACUACGGCCGCGCAUGGUCCCAUGAGAAUAUCCGAGAGGGGACUCCGUACUUGAUACAGAUGAUGCUUAUUCUUGGGUCAGCCCCAUUGCUGGCUGCUAGUAUUUACAUGACGCUUGGUCGCUUCAUUCGUGCGCUUGACGGUGAACACCACGCGAUUAUCCGAACCAAGUGGCUGACAAAAAUAUAUGUUGCCAUCGACAUCAUUAGUUUUGUCUGUCAAAUCAUGGGAUCCGCUGCGCAGGCGAGUGGAGAUGCCGACGGAAUGGAAAAAGGAAUUCAUCUGGUCCUUGGUGGCCUUGCAUUCCAACUACUUGCGUUUUUGUGCUUUAUCCUUAUGAGUGCAUUGUUCCACUCUCGGCUUCACAAAAGCCCCAGCGCUAUCUCCGCAAAGCUACCAGUGGAUUGGAGACGACACAUGUGGGCUCUGUACUGUGUGAGCGGGCUUGUUUUCAUACGAAGCUUGUACCGAUUCAUUGAGUUUGCGGCUGGCGCAGGAACAAUUAUGGUCACCGGAGAGGUACUGAUGUAUAUUUUCGAUGCAACUUUGUUGUUUUUGGUCGCUGUUUGUCUUUCAAUCGUCCACCCUGGAAGUCUGAUCAUGGCCGUCGCUAGACUCAAAAGUGGAAAUUUGACCGGCGAUGAAGAGGCUUACAUCCCGUUGAAUGGAAGGGAUGCGUGA